AUGCAAGAAGAUGAGCCUUCUUUGAAUAUCCCGUCCCUUUUAACACUUGCGGUCGUGUCAUUCUUCGUUCUACGAUGGUUCUUCAACCGCGACGAGGGUCCCGCUGCCGGCGGUCGCCCCCGCGGUCGUGGGAAUGCUGUCGACCCAGCCCAGGUCGAACAGAUCUCCCAGAUGUUUCCCCAGUUGAGCGCCCGUGAUAUCAUAUGGGAUCUCCAGCGCAAUGGCGGCAGCGUUGCGGCAACGACCGAACGAAUCUUGACUGGACGGGGAUUGGAAACGCCUCCCCCGUCAUUCCAACCCCAGAUCCCAACUCCCUCCGCGAAUGCCGCUACCGCUCAAACUACGUCACGGACGGUACCGGUAUCCAAGGCAGAUGGCCAAGACUUGAUCUCUCGGUAUAACUUGAGCGCCAAGCUCGCUGAAGACAGCGGCGUUGAAGCUCCUCCAGCUACACCUUCCAGCAGUGCCUGGUCCCAGAAUAAAGAAGAGCGCCAACGUCUGCUGCAGAAACGCCGAGACGAGAUGAUCCUGGCGGCCCGGAAGAAGAUGAUGCAGAAAGAGCGGGGCAAUAUCCAAUGA